GAAACCAAAUAAAAAAAAAAACAGAGAAAAAAAAAAAGUAAAGUAAUGGUUUCAGAAGAAAAUUUUCCGGGAAAAGGCAAGAAAAUUAUCAGACCAAAACGGAUCUUUAUUCUUCUGGGUCCAUUUUUUUUUUUCCUUUUUUCAAAGAAACGCACCGUAUUGUCAAAGCGAUAAUGGGCAAAUUUCUUCGACGACGACUUUUGUGUUUUCGACAAAAUCAGAAUUGGGGGAAACCCAAACCCAACCCUAAUCCCCAGCUUCUCCUUCUCGGAAAUGUCGCCCUUCCGCCAUUUUUGACUCUUCCGUUCAUCGGCGGCGAUCUGAUUCGGUGAUACUCACUGCCGUCAAAAUCUGAUUUCGUUUUCUGCGAAGGAAUGGAUCAGUAUGGCAUCCCAGUACAGAGAAGUCAGAUGAAACAUAAGGGUAGAAAUGUUGUGUGGUCUGUUGGAAUGGAUAAGUGUCUGAUUGAAGCUUUGGCUGUCCAGGCGAAAAACGGGAACAAAGUAGACAAGUGCUUCAACGAGAAUGCAUACACUGCUGCUUGUGUUGCGGUCAAUACUCGUUUCAAUCUAAAUCUGAAUAGCCAAAAAGUUAUCAAUCGUCUGAAGACGAUCAAGAAAAGGUACAGAGUGAUGAGAGACAUACUUAGUCAAGACGGUUUCUGGUGGAAUUCGAGCACCAAAAUGAUUGAUUGCGAAAGUGAUGAGCUCUGGAAAAGAUAUAUUGCUGUAUACCCAGACGCAAAAGCAUUUAGGGGAAAGCAAAUUGAGAUGUACGAAGAACUUAGAACAGUAUGCGGUGACUAUCAAACUUCAGGUCGAUAUAACAAAGUGAAGAAUGAAAGCAAUCUUCAUCUUAACGACGUAAAACACUUUGAAGAAGACUCUGUUUCAUUCCCUUUAGCAAGUUCUGAAGAACAUAGUGAUACAGAUGGAACAGAGUCAUACGCAGGAGCCAAUGAGUAUAUGCAUGAAGAGUCUCACGAUCUUCCUCCUCCUCCUAGAGAUCCUUUAAGGCAACCUUUUAAACGACCUCGAAACUCGGAUCCGUUCCAAGAAGCAAUGUUCGCAGUUGCUUCUAGCAUUCGUCGCCUAGCUGAUGCAGUGGACCAAAGCAAAACGUUGAUCAAUACAGAGGACUUGUUGGAAGCAGUGAUGGAGAUUGAUGAGUUGGAAGAAGCAAAACAGAUGUAUGCAUUUGAGUAUCUGAAUGCUGAUCCAGUCAAAGCUAGAGCUUUCAUGGCUUAUAAUAAGAGGAUGAGGAAGAUGUUUUUGUCUCGACAGUUUUGGUGGUGGAAGUAACAAAUGUAUUUGCUUCUAUAGCUUUUAAAGGAUCUUCCUUCUUUUUUUUUCUGGGGGUAAAGUAGAGUCUAAAAAGGUUUGUAUUUUGUUAAUGGUAAAAAUUGGAAAUAUCCUUGUUGAGGCCAAUUUGGCUUCCUAAAUCAUUGAUCAAGUCCUAGACCAAAAUCUAA